AUGUCUGGCACAAGAGAGCACAUCCAAUUCUGGAGCAUCGGUUACAGCAAAUGCACGAGCACCAGAUACUUCGUCGAGUGCAACAAUCCGACCAAGCUCUACAAGCUCAGCGCCACCGCAAACACAUACAGUUCAGAGGCCAAGAUUGGUGAUACUGUCGAGUUCCGCUUCUAUCCCACCAACCACAGCGUCGUCCGCGCAGAGUACAACUUCCCCUGCAUACCCUAUGAGAUGACCGGGAACAACAAGCAAGGCUUCUUCUCCGGCUUCAACGCCGUGAGCAAAGUCCUCGACGACGCUCCAAGAUACUCUAUCAAAAUCAACGACACAAACCCCAUUUACUUCUACUGCUCCGCCCCCGGCUCCUGCAUCACAUACGGCAUGGUCGGCGCUAUUAACCCCAACUCCAGCACCCCGAUCUCCACUCAACAGACAAAAGCCAAGGACAGCGCAUACAUGCUGAAUCCCGGCGAGCCUUUCCCCGCUGAAUCUCCCCUGCCCCCGAAUCUGCCCAGCUCAACAUCCGUCCCGAUCGCCGUCGCCCCUCAGAAACACUCCGCCCUCAGCCCCGGCGCCAUCGCGGGUAUCGUCAUCGCAGCACUCAGUGUCGUUGCGCUGGCUGCGGGAUUAUUCUUCUUCAUGGGCAGGAGCAAGAGCCUCAAAGAUGAAGUCAACCGGAAAUCUACACAUCUAGGCGGGGGACUACAAUCUCCCGCCCCAGGACAGGUAUGCAGUCCCACGCCUCAAAUGCAGCAACAAGGCUACUUCGAUGCGAAAUAUACUCCACAGCUGCAACCACAGCCAUACGUCCUCUCCCCCCCAGGUCACCCAGCGUACUCCAUGCCACAGACACCAUCGACGUACAGCGAGCCACAGGAAUUGCCGCUGAACACGACGACGCAGAAGUUUGGCGCAUAUGGGUUGCAGGAGCAGCGGCUAAGUUCGGCGCCACCGUAUGGGUGGCAUGUUAAUGCGGCGCCAGCGGAGAUGGAGGGGACACCUGGAAGGGAGGAGAUUAAAUGGGAAGAGCCACGCGAUCAGUGCGACCGCAGCCAUGUCGCUCAUCACAAAGCGCAGAAUGCGCUCCACGGUGUCCAUGAGACGGUUGACGUCUGCGAGAAGAACCCAGAUAUGCCCAGCAGCUUCGAGACACGCAGAUCCCACCGCGAGGGAUCUGUCCGAGGUGAUGCCCAGCUGAACGCGCAGAGCGAGUGGGAGGGCAGCGAAGGCUCGAGAUUUGAACGGUGCGGUAAGCUGGGUGGUGAUUAG